AUGUCUCAAGUCUUGAACCCCGUCACUCACAACUACCCGUUUGCCUUUGCAGGAAAACGACCCAUCAUGGAUCCCAAGGAGCGGUUCUACCGCCAGUUCCAAUUCGAGGUUCAGGAUAUCCAAAAUCAUAUCAGCAAACUCGGCUCUAUUUCCGUUGUUGGCGGCGAGCGCAAGGAUGCCACAGAUAGCAUUCUGAUGCGCAUUUCCAAGCUGUCGCUUGACGUGGCUGAUGCUUCCGACUUUAUUCCCGCCUACGACCAGCGCACGCACUCUGCUCUAAACGAGGAGGUGGCCCGGUUGGCACCGGCCAAGCCUCGGUUCCAGUUCAAACGGGCACCCAGGACGGCCGCAGCAACUCCAGCUGACAGCACGCCGGCCGCACCAGACAACCGCUUGCUCCGUGGUGUGCCUGAUAAGCCGGUGGCAAAACCAGAGGAGACAGCAGACGCCGCUACAGAAGCUGAGGCGUCUGAUGCUGUUGGUACCCUGCCCGUGAUUGGAGCUGGAACGGCCGUUGGCACUAGAAAUUACAACGCCGAGAUCGGCAGCACCGGCGGCAGAAGCGACAGCAUCCGAAAGCCAAGCUUCUCGUCUGCCCGUGAGAUUGCCAUCUCCGGCCACACAGGCCUGCACAUCAUCCUCCCACUCUCAGCAUCACGUGCCACCGCAUACGGCAGUCUGACCGACCUUCACAACUGCGUUGUCGACAUGUCCGUGCCCACAUCUAGCACCGCACGCGGUGGCGGGGGCGCCGCCUUCCAGAGCCUGAUGCUGCGUGAUAUUGAGCACAGUCUUGUGGUGGCUGGACAUGUUAGUGGUGCCGUGCACAUCACGGGCCUCCAGAAUUGCGUGCUCGUCGUCGCGGCACGCCAGGUGCGCAUCCACGAGUGCGACGGCGUCGACGUCUACCUGCAGUGCGGCAGCCGGCCGAUUAUCGAAGACUGCCGGCACAUGAGGUUUGCGCCGCUGCCUCAGUCCUAUGCCAACGACGGCAACAGCGAGGCCACCAACCAUUGGGACCAGGUGGACGACUUCAAGUGGCUGCGGUCUGACGCGUCACCCAACUGGAGCGUGCUGCCCGAGGCGGAGCGGCUGCCGGACACGGUCUGGACAGGCGCUGUAACAGGAGGGCCGGGACUGAGCACAGCGGACGUGUUGCGCGCUGUCGGGAUUGCGAAGAAGUGA